CAACAAUACGAUGAUGAGUUGCUAUGGAGCCAAGGUAAUGGCACUGGCUGGACCAAGGCUCUUCUCUAUCAACGCCAUAGUCCGUCGUGGUGCCGUGUCUCACAGACAUAUCCUUCAGCCUAACAUUGCUCUCGCGGCGGCAACUGUAGGCGUGAGAGAUUUCAGCAAGAUGACAUUUGAGAAGAAGAAGAAAACGUCGGAGAGUCAAUCGGAAAAAGGAUCCAGCGGUGGUGAGGCUGGUCAAGGUAACAAAGGAGAGCAACUAAUCGUUAGUUAUUGGGGCGUGAAGCCUAUGAAGAUCACCAAAGAAGAUGGAACUGAAUGGAAAUGGAGUUGCUUUCGGCCAUGGGAGACGUAUAAAGCAGAUCUGACUAUAGAUUUGAAGAAGCAUCAUGUUCCAUCGACUUUACCUGACAAAUUAGCUUAUUGGACGGUUAAAUCUCUUCGUUGGCCUACCGAUUUGUUCUUCAAGAGGCGGUACGGAUGCCGAGCGAUGAUGCUAGAAACGGUAGCAGCGGUUCCAGGAAUGGUCGGCGGUAUGUUGGUACACUGCAAAUCGCUCCGGCGGUUUGAACAAAGCGGCGGUUGGAUCAAAGCCCUUCUUGAAGAAGCAGAGAACGAGAGGAUGCACUUGAUGACGUUCAUGGAAGUUGCUAAACCCAAUUGGUACGAACGAGCCCUCGUGAUCGCCGUUCAAGGCGUUUUCUUCAACGCUUAUUUCCUCGGAUACCUAAUCUCACCAAAAUUCGCUCACCGUAUGGUUGGGUACCUUGAGGAAGAAGCAAUCCACUCUUACACUGAAUUCCUCAAGGAACUCGAUAACGGUAACAUCGAAAACGUUCCUGCGCCGGCCAUAGCUAUCGAUUACUGGAGGCUCGAAGCAGACGCGACGCUUCGUGAUGUUGUCAUGGUGGUUCGUGCUGAUGAAGCUCAUCACCGUGAUGUUAACCAUUAUGCAUCCGAUAUUCACUAUCAAGGUCGUGAGCUGAAAGAAGCUCCAGCUCCCAUCGGAUAUCAUUGAUGUGGUUCACUCUCAUUUUGUCGAACUGAUCCAUACGGUCCAGUUUUGUUUUCUUGGUUCCUAAAUGGGCUUCAUCAAUGACUUUAGUUUUACAUUUAGUGGGCUGAAUGUAAUAAACCAGAAUUUUUUAAUCGUAAGUAGAUGUUUUUGAUUUCUAUCUAUAUUAAUAAACCAAUGUUUACAUGAUGUAUGUACUUUGUACAUUGAGUUUUCCAGGUGGUCAAACUUUACAAACAAA